CACGUCGUUUUUGUUUUGACACAGAAACAACAAUUCAUACAGAUCGUCGGACGAUAGAGUUGUGAACAGUCGUAUUUCACUUAUAAAUCCAACGAAUGUUGGGGAGUUGUUUUCUAUAGAAAUCUCAAAACAAUAAUCAUGGAUCCAGCAUUGCUUAGAGAACGCGAGGCCUUUAAACGGCGGGCUAUGGCCACCCCAACCGUCGAGAAGAAGGCCCGGACGGAACCAAGCUAUGCAAGCCCCAAGGACGUUAAGAAGGCAAGACCCUCUGUGGCACCACCGAAGAUGGAUGCCAGCAACUACAAAAGUAUGUCCGGAAGUUCGCAAUACCGCUUCGGAGUACUUGCCAAGAUUGUGAAGCACAUGCGCGCUCGCCAUCAGGAGGGUGAAGAUCAUCCACUCUCGCUAGAGGAUAUACUGGAUGAAACCAAUCAGUUGGAUAUUGGAUCGAGUGUGAAGACCUGGCUGCAAGGGGAAGCACUGAAGAAUAAUCCAAAGAUUGAGGUCACCCCGGAGGGGCGCUUCAUGUUCAAGGCUGUGUAUAGACUAAAGGAUGGUAAGAGCUUGAUGCGUCUGCUGAAGCAGCAGGAUCUGAAAGGUUUGGGAGGUGUUCUGCUGGACGAUGUACAGGAAUCGCUUCCACACUGUGAGAAAGUUCUAAAAAUUCGCGCAUCGGAAAUUGUGUUCAUCACUCGUCCGAAUGACAAGAAAAAGGUUUUGUUCUACAACGAUCGAACGGCAAAUUUUCAGAUUGAUGAAGACUUUCAGAAGCUGUGGCGAUCGGUGACAGUGGACGCAAUGGAUGAUGCUAAGAUUGAUGAAUACCUGGAGAAACAAGGUAUCCGGUCGAUGCAAGAUCAUGGACCGAAAAAGCCAGCUAUUCCGAAGCGGAAGAAAGCCCAGGCUAAGAAGAGGCAGUUCAAGAAACCGAGGGACAAUGAGCAUUUGGCGGAUGUUUUGGAGACGUAUGAGGACAACACGCUUACCCAAUCGAAUGCGGUGCAGGAAAUUAAGCAAAAUAAUUAAGAUGAAUAUUUAUGUUAGAUUGCCAUUCUGACAAGUGAUAUAUUAUUUUUAAUAAUAAUUUUUUUUGCGACUAAUCUUCCUGAUGAAUCUUUCAUUUCAAUUUCACCUGUAUUGGCUGACUUUUACACGAUCAAUGAUUUCAUCAGUCUUGUGAUGUGUAUGACGAUAUUGGUGGAAAGAUUGACCGUGCAAGAUGUCCGAAAUUGGUGUUUCCGUGAAAUAAUCUUUGACAGGUUAUAUCGACAUUAAGCAUACUUUUGAUUGUGUAGGGGCUGCCAAUAAGUGUUCGGACGGAUUUCAUAUAAGAAUUGCAG